AUGGAUAAUUUAACUUCUGACUACGAUACAACCUGGACAGAAAAUGAUUCAGAUGGGCUCUGCAGCUUCAGCCCUUCCCCUGAAGAGGUCCUCUCCCACACCUACAUCCACUCCAUCAUCUGCGCCUUCGGCCUGAUUGGCAACAUUCUUGUGAUGAUCACCUACGGUUUCUACAAAAGGACCAAGACCAUGACAGAUGUUUAUCUGUUCAAUGUGGCUGUGGCAGACCUGAUCUUUGUGGUGGCGUUGCCUCUUAUAGCACAUAAUGAGCAGAAUGGGUGGCCCAUGGGUUCUGUGGCUUGUAAGAUGUUGCGCUCGGCCUACAGCAUCAAUUUGUACAGCGGCAUGCUGUUGCUCGCCUGCAUUAGCGGCGAUCGAUACAUUGCUAUUGUACAAGCCAGGCGCUCCUUUGGUUCUCGCUCCCACGCUGUCGUGUACGGCCGUCUGAUCUGCUCUGUGGUUUGGGUGUUUGCACUGUUUUUGACUUUGCCCACACUUAUCUACACUGAGCUCUUUAAAGAACCUGACCUGAUAGAGCAUACUUCAACUUUGACAUGUGAGCUCACUUUCACAGGCAGAAAGACUGCAGAGCUAAUAAAGGUGAUGGUGCCAAGCCUGCAGAUGGCUGUUGGCUUCUUUCUCCCUCUUGUAGUUAUGGUUUUCUGCUACUCAAGCAUCAUGUGCACCUUGCUCAAAGCCCACAACAGCCAGAGGCACAAGGCCAUCCGGGUGGUUUGGGCAGUUGUUGUGGUCUUCAUCAUGUGCCAUUUUCCUUACAAUGUGACUCUCCUGAUCCACACGGUGUUUCUUUUUAAGGAGAGAAGCUGUGAGGAGGAAAAGACCAAACUCACGGUUCUGGCCACUUCCAGGAGCUUAGCUUACCUCCACUGCUGCCUCAAUCCCAUCCUCUAUGCAUUUAUUGGAGUGAAGUUCAGGAGCCACUUCAGGAAAAUAUUGUCUGACCUUUGGUGCUUUGGCAAAAAGUACCUCUACUCUGCUCGCUCGUCACGUGGGACAUCUGACGUUUGCAUUUCAGGCCUGAAAACCUCGGAGGCUUCAAACAACAUGUCAUCCUUCAGUGUCUGA